CGCAUAGUGAAUGACUGACUGAAUGUUUGUUUCAAAUGGAAAAAUUUCAAAGUAGAAUUGAAGAAGUGUGAAAACUGUAAUUCUGUAAAAAAUUAGCGGCCUUUCGCUUCCACGCUAGGCACCCCAUGGAAUUGGAGAGUCACCGGCACACUUGCUUGAAGCUGGAAAUUCCGGGGAGCAGCGAGCAGGAGCCCGGACAUUUCGAACGCAUCUUCGUCAAAGGCACCUGGUUCACUUCUCGCUUCGACCUCUCCAUCAGCAAUGGUCUCGAGGCUUGGAUUUGCAGUGCUUCGGAGGAGGAGGUUCAAGAGAGAGCGUCUCAGUGGGACCAGCCGGUUCCGGAGUACAUCCAAAUGGCGGAGAAGUACUUAGGGUUUCAACAACCCGGUUCGGUUUAUGGGUUCUCUGAUGCCGGUUCUGGCCACAGAAGACUUUCAUGGACAUUUGAGAAAGCAGGAACAAAGCUGGAGUGGCGGUGGAAAUGCCAACCAUCAUCCAACAACAAGAACACUACAGCUGACAUCUUGGACUUUCUCAUGGAUUCCAACAUACAACUGAGUGAGGAAGUUCUCGACAAAACACAGGCAUUCGAGAGGCUACAAUCUGAAGCUGAAAAAUGCUUAGCUCAAAGUGAGAGGCUUGUCAAAGAGAAGGAAGAAUUUGAAAAUGCUUUAUAUGCAAAGUUUGUUGGAGUAUUGAAUUCAAAGAAAGAAAAACUGAGAGAGCUUCGUGAUAGACUUCAAAACAAAACAUCCGGUAAGGGAGCACAAGAGGAAGAUGAUGAAGAAGAAAGGACGAGUGACACUACAGAGACGUUUGACGAGUAUGAAGGUAACGAAGAAAGAAGUGAAGAUGAGGAAGUGAACAUGGAUGCUGCUGGUUCCUCCAAAGAUACUACAGCUAGAGAGGGUCGUCAUUGAAUUGGUAGAAUGUAGAAACAAGCAUUGGACUCUACUUGCAACUAGUAGCUUUCUGUGAUACUACAUAUUCACCAUGUCCAUAAGGCUAUUGUAUCUUUCUUGUAAAGUGUCUAUAUAUAUAAUCCUUCCGUGGCUCCAGCCUAUUAUAAGAUUCUCGCUUUGGUUUGGCUUAUUAAUGGCUGUGGAGUUUCAUGGUUGCGAUUUUAGAUUUA